AUGAGGAAAUACAAUCUGUAUUGUUCCAUCUUCGCCACGACGGGAUCUCUCAUCUAUGGCUAUGACUCCGGUAUUAUUAGCACUACUCUGGGACAGAAGGCCUUUCCCGCGUACUUCAACUACCCCUCCGACAACCUUACAGGCGCUAUCGUGUCAACAUACUCUGGAGGCCAGGGCAUUGGCAAUCUCGCCGGAGGCUAUUUGGGUGAUAAGUUGGGCAGAAAGAAAACUAUAUGGCUUGCAUCAACACUGGCCUUGAUCGGUGCCAUCCUUCAGACCGCUGCUGUGAACAUACCUAUGUUCUUGGUGGGUAGAAUUCUUGCUGGGUUUGCCAUUGGGUUGGUGUAUGCUGUGGCAUCAAUCUACAAUGCUGAGAUAGCGCCUCCGAAAAUUCGCGGCGUUAUGGUUGCCAUGCAAACUUUGCUCAUCGCUGGUGGUUAUGCCCUAUCAAACUGGGUUGGAGUCUUCGGUUCCUUCGCCCGGGGCAACGCUUCCUGGAGAAUACCUUUGGGAGUCCAGUGUGUUCCUGCGAUUGUGCUGAUUGUCGGAUUGUAUUGGCUGCCCGAGUCGCCGAGAUGGCUUCUUCAGAAUGGACGGGAAGCCGAAGCCCAUGCAGUUGUCAAGCGGCUUCAUGGCGACGAGGGGGGCGAUAGCACUUUUGCCGACAGGGAGUUCAACCAGAUGAAGCAACAAAUCGAUUACGAGCGAGAGGUUACUAUCAGAUCUUGGACUCAGCUGUUUAUUAAGCCGUCCAAUCGCCGCCGCCUGAUCUUGGGUAUCUUGCUCCAAGUCUUCCUUCAGACCACUGGUGUAAAUGUCGUCAACUAUUAUCAGACUCAGAUCUUUGGAAGCAUCGGUAUUGAGGGACGUAAUGUGUUGUGGGUCUCGGCUGGAUUUGGCAUGGUCGGUGUUAUAUCAACGGCUAUCUGUCUCACCUAUAUCGACAAGACUGGAAGAAAGAAGCCACUUGCCUGGGUUUCGGUCGGUCUGACGAUUGAUAUGAUUCUUCUGAUGGUGUUCUCGAAGUAUUAUGCCAACAGCGACAAUAAAGUCGGUCAAGGAUUCACCAUAGCAUGGAUCUUUAUCUUUUCCUUCAUCUUCUCGCUUGGUUAUAACCCAAUACAACUAGUCUACAUUGCCGAGAUCUUUCCAACAGCCUUGCGUUCCCGCGCCACUGCCAUCUGCGCUUUCAUGGGGACAGGCACUGGGUUACUCUUCAACCAGUUGUCACCGAAAGCUUUUGCUCACAUUGGAUGGCGCUACUAUGCGGUUUUCGUUGUCUGUGAUGCGAUUGCUGCUCUGUCAUUCUUCACUAUUUUCCCUGAAACAAAAGGCAAGACUUUGGAAGAAAUUGCCGAGGUCUUCGGCGACGAUGUCGCUUUCACAGAAUACGUCGGUGCCCCGGGGGAUGCGGUGGUCCAAAAGCAAAGCGGCCUCGGGGAGGCAGACGCGGACCAGAUUGAGCACCAUAACAUCAAGGAGAAAUGA